CAAACAGUACAAGAAAAGUUUAUCGUAGCUUGUUUUUCAACAAUUUUCUGCUCGUUAUGGAGCAUCAUCAAAGUGAAAUAUGCCGUAUGUGCUUAGAAAACACACCGAACCUAACAUCUUUCUUUAAAAAAGACCCACAACAUAACAAUCUUCUAUUGAUCGUACGAGAGACCGUACGGUUAGAUAUUUCAAUCGACGACAACCUUCCCAAGAUGAUAUGUGAAAGUUGUGCUGUAAAAUUGCAGACAAUUGAAGAUUAUGUGAAAAUAUUCCGAGAGUCUGACCGAAAGCUUCGUAACACGGUGAUCGAAUUGAAACCAAAAGAUGAUUCAAACGAUUCCAUAGACGUUAAGGAUAAUAACAUGCAAAACAAUUGGCGGAAAAAUGUGAGCAUUUGUACGAGUACGGGUAUAGAGGAGACACAUUCCAAUUCAAAUGAAAAUCACAAUGAUCCAAUUGAUGAAAUAUACGUACAGGCUACUGAUGAAUCGCAAGCUGAUCAAAAGCCAUCUUCAGUAGCAAAGCCAAACAGUCCAGUACGUCGCUCCCAGCGAUUUAGAAUAAAAUAUAAAAGCAAGCUAAACGACUCCAGCUCGAGUGCAUUUGAUCAGCAGUCUGAUGAAGAUUUCCAACCUCCGGAUGAGGAUGAAGAUCAAACAUUUAUACCAGAAAACGAAAAAAUAAAAGAAGAAAUUCCAACAGCAAAUGAAAAACCUAGACGAAGAAAACCCCAAAAAAGGAAGCAGAUCAAAGAGAAAAAGGACGAUCACACCAAGACCCAAAAAUUAGUCAAUCUUCCAUCAUUGCACGAUUUCAAAUGCUACAUUUGUACCAGUGAACCUCUAGGUACUAGGAAGGCAUUAAUAGAGCACUUGGCGACUCAUGUUGAUAAAAUACCAUACACUUGUGAGAAGUGCGUAAUGGAAUCGGUUGUGCUGACUAGAGUAAGAACACUGAAUACGCAUAUGAAGAUGCACGAACAACCGAUCAAAUGCGACUACUGCGAUCGUCGCUACAGCAACGCCGCAGGAAAAUACUACCAUACGCAAACGUAUCACCUAGGCGGUGGCGCACCGUGCUUGGUCAGUUGCGAUAUCUGCGGUAAGCAAUGUGGCUCGCAGGUGGCCCUUAAGCAACACAUGAAGUAUCAUACGACAACAUUAAAAUGCAGUAAGUGCGACAUGGUGUUCAAUCAUGCCAACAAACGACGCAAUCAUGAGCUUACACAUAACGAACAUCGGGGCUACGAAUGCAUCGUCUGUAAGAAAGUGCUACAAACGAUCGAAUCGUAUGAUGUCCACUUGAAAAAACAUUCCCAAGAGCGCAGCUAUCCGUGCUCCCUCUGCCCCAAGAAAUUCAACACAUCGUUCAAUCUUAUACUGCAUCUAAAAGUGCAUGCCAAAAAUUACAAUUACCGGCCGGCAAAAUCGUGGGUAGAACACUACACUAUACUGAGCCGUAAUCCAAUGCAAUACAAGUGUAAUCACUGCGAUAGAUAUGGUACCGACAAGGUGAAUAAUAUGAUAUCGCAUUUGCAAGCUCACUUCAAAGAGCAUAAGUGUGAUCGAUGUAAUCGGCUCUUUGCCACGGCGAAGCAACUCCGUGCACACCUCACCACGUACACAGGCGAGAAGCCGGAAAUGUGUCAGCACUGUGGGAAAUGCUUUUCAACGAAGAACAGUUUGCGCAUUCACUUGAAAACACACGCUCGGGACGAAAGCGUGGCGGAAACGAACAGCAGCGUACAAUUAGUGGUCAAAGACGAGUCGUGAUCUUGUUUAAAGUAUUUGGGUUAGAAUAUACUUACUUACGUAUUAAAAGUGAUAAUAAAUUUUAAUAUAAUUUAGAAUA